GGUGACACCUGUCAGAGAAAAGGGCGGUUGUGGUCGCACAGUUGUGAUGGCUGAAGGGGAGGUGGCCAAGUUGCAGCGUCACCUGUCUCUGCUGCGGGAAGAGUACGUGAAGCUACAGGCCCGCCAUGCCGAGGUGGAGCGCAAGUACAACGUGGCCGUGGCGGCCUCGGGCAACGCAGACGCGGACAGCUUUGUGUCCCGGCUGCUCAAGACGGUCGCCAACCUUUUCGACCAGGAGCUCUACAGUGACCUGACAGUUCAGCUAGACGGACGGACCGUCCGUGCCCACCGGUUCGUCCUGUCCUGUCGCAGCCAGACCUGGGGGGUGGGCAACCUGGCUGAUGUGGACACUCUAGACUUCACAGACAUCCGGCCAGACGUGGGUCUUGUGCUGCUCCGAUGGGUGUACACGGACCAGAUGGAACUGGGGCUGGAAGACACCUUCCUUCUGAACCUCAUGAAGACAGCCAAGAGGUUUUCCCUUGAAAGCCUUAUGAACAGGUGCGAAGAGGCCCUGAUGUCUUCGGUGAAUGUGAAGAACUGUGUGCGCUACUAUCAGAUGGCAGACGAGAUAGGCGCCCGGAACUUGCAGCAUCACUGUUCGGAGCUCAUAUCCAACCAUUGGAAUGACUUUGGGAGUGACGACUUUGCACAUAUGAGUGCCCCGCUACUGUACAGCAUGUUCAAGGCCAAGACGCGCUACCCGCUCCACACGGCCAUCCGUACCAAGCGGGAGGACGUUGUCUUCCUUUACCUGAUAGAGUUUGAUUCCCAGCUUCCGGGCAAGCUGAACGAGUUGGACGACGGGGGCAGCCUUCCCCUGGACCUAGCGCUGUCCACGCGACAGGAGAGCAUUGCCCGCACCCUGCUCAACCACAAGGCGGAUGUGAACGCCACAGACUACAAGGGUCACACGUUGCUGCACAAGGCCAUUGAGAGAGGGGACGAGUUCUCCGCUCUGUUUUUGGUGGAGCACAAGGCGUCGGUGGAUUUGGCGGUUCCCCUGGAGAAGGAGACGGCCCUGCACAUGGUGGCCGGCUUCAAGGCCUCCCAGGGCACGCCCCAAGGAAUGGACAGGGUUGCCAGCAGCCUGCUCCAGCACGGUGCUGAUGUCAACGCACAGGACGGCAACGGAAACACCCCUCUGCACCGAAGCAUAGAGGCUCAAAACGUGGACGUGUUCCACCUUCUCCUGGAGAGCAAGGGUGUGAACCUGGAGCUGAGAAACAACGACCAGCAGACCCCGCUCGGCUUUGCGCUGCACGCCCCUCCAGGGCCGUACGGCGAGGACAGCUUCGCCGCCCGGCUGGCCGACCGGGGUGCCAGUCUCGACGCCGUGAACAAGAUUACGGGAGACACUCAGCUCCACCUAGUGGCUCGGGCCGGCAACGAAGACGGUGGAAUCUUCCUGGCCAACCGCGGAGCCCAAACUAAUCACAGCAAUAACAAGGGAGAGGGAGCUCUGCACGUGGCCUGUCAGGCUGGACUGGCGAAGCUGGUCCGCACCCUGCUGGACCGGGGCGCUGAUCCCAACAGACAGACCCUGGGUUCUGCGGCGGACGACGAGGAGGCACGCUACCUGCAGACGCCCCUCCACCUCGCCGUGCUCCACAAGCAUGGCGGUGCAGUCCGCAGCAUCCUAGAGUACAAAGCAUUUGCGCAGCAGUCCCCGGCCAACCCGUCCCUGCCCAACCUGAACCUGAAGAACUCGAGGGACGAGACUGCCUUGAGCCUGGCCCUGGAGCUGGGCCUGCACGACGUGGCCCGGGAGCUGCUGAAUGCGGGAGCCAGCCUGGACGUGGCAGACGCCGAAGGGCUUUCUCUGCUCCACCGGGCCAUCCUGCACCAGGAUACCUCGGGCGCUCUCUUCCUGCUCGACCAGGGGGCAGACUUUAACCUGUGCACCCGCGACGGGGAGACGCCCUUGCAGCUGGCCAUCCGCAGGCACUUGCCGGCCGUGGUGAAGGCCCUGUGCGAGCGUGGUGCGGACAUGAGCGUCGAGGAGGGCAACUGCCGCAGCGCACUCUGGCUCGCUCUCGAAGGCGGUCAGGAGGACGUCGCCUCUGUGCUGGUCCAGUACGGCUGCGACACUGACUGCUGGUCGGAAGGACCUGGUGGCUGCUCCCAGACGCUGCUGCACAGGGCCAUCGACGAGAACAACGACUCGGUUGCCCAGUUCCUCAUACGCAGCGGAUGCGACUUGAACAGUCCCCGGCGGCCGGGCCCCCACGGGGAAGGGGACGAGGAGGCGUACGACGGACAGACGCCCCUGCACCUCUCCUGCGCCUGGAGUCUCGAGUCCGUGGUGCAGACCCUCAUCGAGCACAACGCGAAUGUCAAUGCCCAGGACUCCGAGGGAAAGACCCCCCUACACGUGGCCAUCACCAACCAGAAUUCGGUGAUAAUCUCGCUGCUGCUGGGACACCCCUCCAUGAACCUGAGCCUGAGGGACAAGCAGGGGCUGACCCCCUUUGCGGUGGCCAUGACCACACGCAACAACCGGGCUGCAGAAACCAUCAUUGCCAGGGAGCCCACUGCGGCCGAACAGUACGACAACAGGGGCCGCAACUUCCUGCACGUGGCCAUCCAGAAGAGCGACAUUGAGAGCGUGCUCUUCCUGCUCAGCAUCCACGUGAACAUCCACUCACGCACUCAGGACUCCUCCCAGCUGACUCCCCUACACCUGGCCGUCGAGGCAGGCUCCGAGAUCAUUGUCCGUAAUCUGAUCCUGGCUGGGGCCAAUGUGAACGACCUCACGCUGCAGAAGCAGACUGCAUUGCACCUGGCAGCAGCCAAGGACCACAGUGCCAUCUGCUCUGUGCUGCUGGAGAACCACGUCGGUUUUGAUCUGGUCGACGGUAACAUCAACAACGCACUUCAUGUUGCGUGCCAGAAGGGACACCUUGCCACCUGCAGGGUAUUGCUGACUGAGUGCAGCAUCAAUGCUGAAGCUGUCAACAUGAGGGGCCAGAAUCCGCUGCAUGUGCUGUGCCAGCAUGGGAAGGAGAAUGCAGCAGCCAUCUUCGAACUCUUCCUGGAGUGCAUGCCGCAGUACCCCAUCAACAAGCCAGAUGUCGAGGGGAACUCCCCGCUGCUGCUGGCCUACAUGAAUGGCAACGGCAACCUGUGCCGCUCGUUGGUGCGGGCGGGGUCCUGCCUGGGCAGCUGCAACCAGGCUGGCGUCAACAUCUUCAACUACCAGGUGGCAACCAAGCAGCUGCUGGUGCGGCUCCUCGACUUCCUGCCGAAGGAGCCACCGUGGACGGACGGAGACAUCUGCCUCGAGUGUGGAAACAAGUUUGGCAUCAAGACCAGGAAGCACCACUGCCGCCACUGUGGGCGCAUCCUGUGCGCCAAGUGCUCGGAGAAGGACAUUCCGAUUCUCAAGUUCGGCCUGAACAAGCCCGUGCGGGUGUGUGGCAUCUGCUUCGACGUGCUCACCCUGGGAGCGGUCUCCACCUGACGGUUGUCACACGGCACCGACCACCAGAUUCUAACCACCGUGGCGGCGGCCGGCAAGACUCGGCGAUGGUUCCGCUAGACUGCCACCAUUUUUCGACCACGCAUUGUAAUUAGCGUCACUUGUACAGAGAGAGAAGUGUGCUAGUAGUCGAGGGCAGCCCCCGUCGCCUAUUUAUACCUCUUAUUAUGCACUGUCGUCCUUUUUCAUAAACCUUUCUGUACAGUUUAAAGAGGGGGAAAAUCUCUAGCAAUUAGAUUUGUGUGUAAGGGAGAGAUGAUUAAUAAUAAAGCAGAUUUGUAAAGAGGAAA